AUGUUGCUUUCCAUGCCGACCGUGCCGGUGGAUGGCGAAGCCAAUGCGAACUUUGAACGCGCGCCAGAAAGGGACCGUUGGAGCGGUCCGACCAAACGCAUCAGACCAGUUACGUUUACAAGGCAUAUCUUCGCGCGAGGUGGUAAACUUAAGCGGCUUCCUCGCAAAACAGAACGAUUUCCCAACAUUCUUGAGACUGACGGCGUCCCAUACAUCUACAAGCACAUUGCCAUCGAGAAUUUCGCUGGCUUAUUCAGCCAACGUUCCCCCCUUCUACUUCGCCGCCCAUGGGGCUUCGGCUUAUCCACCUUUGUCUCCAUGCUCUCGGACAUACUGGAUAUCCUGUGCUAUAGUGACGACGACGAUCCCUUCGAAAUGCUAUCUCGAUUCCGAGUCGAGUCCGACCCAUGGUCGCGUGACCGAGCGCAUUCGUACUACGUGUUGCAUCUGAACUUUAGUUUCUCGGAAGGCCAUAAUUUGCUGGAAGAGCUGUCCAGGCAUGUUCACGAACGCUGCUGCCGUCUUCUCAGGCGUUACGAAAUCCCAGGCUCGUUCCCUUCGCUGGCAUCUUUUCAAGAUGAGGGAGUCGAGGCAAUUAUCUUCGCUCUCAUGUCUCGCCUCAAAGUUCACGUCAAACUGCCGAGACGGGAUUGGUUGUUCAUCAUGAUCGAAAAUUUCGAUGGACCUCUUGAGAUGGCAUUCAAGGAUAGAACGGAAACUUUGACUCAAUUUCUGCGCACGCUUCAACGUUUAUUGUGUCAUGGCCACCUUGGUGGGCUUCUCCUCUGGUCUCGUUUAGAUCCCGAUGGAACUAUCUAUGCUUGUCUCCAUCGAACUCCAGGCUCUCCCAUUCGCCAACUUUACGCUUCAUCAGAGUUGAACCUUCCGGGCGUCCUCGAUUUAACCCACCACCCGGCAUUUCAGUCAGCUGUUGGCUUUACGAAAACGGACGUCCAGGACCUUGAUCGCGCCACUGCACAUUUGCGGUCAGACGCCUCCUGUGCACUGCUUGACCUCCUCGAAAAGGAGCGGGUUGCUCCAUAUUACUUUAGCGCAGUGUCCAAAGUGGAGCAAUGCAAAUUCCCUGAUGUCCUGCAUCGUAUGCCCUCUCUCGAAGACCUCCCUGUUUACUCGUCUGGAGAUGUUUUGAAGGUUCUUGCGAACAAGGGUGGAGUUCCAAGGUAG